CGAUAUUCUAAUGACAUUCGUCACGAUAAAAGGGAACAAGAAGAAUUUCUUAAAGCACGAAGAAUGCAAUUAUCCAUCAUCCAUCGUUAAAAAUAAUUCAAAUACGAAUUUUCUCCUGUCCUCUCAUCAUCGUCAAUGAUAUAACAUGGUAUUUAUGACACUGGAAGAUUUAAGAGGUCGCUUGUUCGAAACGAGUUACGAGCAUCCGGUGAAAUAAUUGCUCUUUCUCUCCUUUUUCCAUUUGCCCGACGAUCUGACGAUCCGAUUAGAUCACACACGAGCGAAUUCACGAUUCAAGGCCUGACACGUACGUAUCCUUCGUGAUCGAAUAAUUUUACAAUAGUUCGAAUUACGCAGUGACGCAAGACGAGAUCACGAUUACUUUUAAAUGACUGUGCGAAAGUUUUUGUAUCGUUAAAAUAACGGUGGAUUAACACCGAUAGCGCCGAUAUAUGGGAUGAAUAGAGAGUGUUGAUUGAUGGUCGAGUGACAAUGGUGGAAAGAGAAACUAGUUAAAACUUGAUUUCGUAAAAAAAAAAAAAGAAAAAAAAGAAGAAGAAGAAGAAAAGAAAGCAAAAAAGAAGGAUUAAAAUUAUAUAAUGCUCGAGGGUGAGUUGAGAAUUUUAACGAUAAUUUUAACUUAUGCUUGUGUAUUUUGCAGAAUGAACAAAAUUGAUUGAAAAUAAAUUUUUAUGAAUAUUAAAUUUUUAUUCAACGAAUCAAUGGUGUUUAUCGGAGGAUAUUUUAAAUUUCUCUCAGGAAAUACGUGUUCGAUGAGAAAUCGAAAUAUAAAAUAUAUAUAAAUAACACGAGAAGAAGAUCGUUUGUUGAAUGAUUAUUGCGAAAUACUCGAUGUAAAUCAAAUUUUGACGAUAUUUAUCUUUCAAUAGUUACAGAUUUUAUUAUACAAGUAUCGUACAAGUAGAUCGAAAAUUUAUCAUCGAUAAAUCCUUACGAUAUAAUUCUUUCUUAUUAAUCCAACGAGACGAUAUUUGUUACAGAAUAUUUCACGAGGAUACAUUCACAGUAAAGAUACACAGUAGAUAGGAAAUUUAUUAAAAUAAAAAUAAAUCUUCGAAAUAACAAUUGAUCUUCCGCAUUUAUCAUUCUGAAUAUUAUCAAGUAAUAUCAUCAAAGAUAAUUUUCCAGGACAAAAAUGAACCAAAAUUUAACCACGCGAUAUAAUAAUUGGCUCUCGAUCCUUCUCGUACAAAAAUUUCCAUCUCCGGCAAAGAUCGUCGUUACGUUUUCAAAAUAACGAAAUAACACGUCGAACACGUUUCCUAAAAAGUCGAUACUUUCCUAUUGCCGCUAAUAUUCGUACCGGAUGGAGCAGAAAUAUAAUUCACCUGGUAUUUAUGCGCGCGCCUGUGGCGGCGCUGAAAGCAACCCGCGGCUGUGGAAAUGGGGUGUCAUGGCGUGUGACGUAAUUGUGGAGAAAGUGGAAGGCAGAGAGAACAGGGCUCUCCACGAAACGGACAUCACGGGUGCUACCAACGUCGGAAUGCGAAGAGGCGAAAUGCGUUCGGAGGUGGAUCGAUUACGUAAAACCCGAUUUCGACCGUGUGCGUGCGCGUGUGUGUACCAGGCGACGAUUUAAUAAGUGAAAUGACGACAAGAACGUUGGGGCCACGAUCGGAGAAAGGUGGAGGAUCGUAAAUAUAAAAUAAAAAUUGGGGGAAACGCGCCGACGAAAAUGGCGAACAGCGCCGAAAGCCCAUUUUUUCUUUCGACACUGUGCAAUAAUUCACUAAAAAUUUAUCGCGCGCGCAAAGAUGUCGAUUCCAUGUGGCAAUCAUAAAGCCCGCCACGGAAAUCGCGACACCCAGGGACCGUUCUUUUCGAAAGUGACGUAAGUCGUAGGAAGAAACUGCAACACACGUAUGCAGGCCUGGAUAUAUUCGCGACCUUAUCGACGAUGAUUCACCUGAUCAUCCAUCUUGUUCCCAGUGUGGGCAUACGAUAUUUUAUUGGAAGUUAUUAAUCGUUUAUUGCCGAAAUAACGGAAAAUUUCCCUACGAAUAAUGGCUACGAAAAGACAUCAAUGGAGAGAUCUCAGAAUUUUGAAAAGAUUGAUUACUUUCAGAUGUGUGAGUUCUGGUUAUUUUCUUUUUUUUCGAAUGAAGUAUUUCAAAUUCUCAGAAAUUUACUUAUUUCGUUGAGACAUUUUCUAACGUAAGGUUAAAGAUAUCUAAUUUUUGGAACAUUAGAAACGAAGGAAAUUUUUCUUGGAAAAAACACUGGAAGCUAUUUUUCGGAACAUUUUUUACUUUUCCAAGCGGAUGAUAACUUUCCAAAGUUUUCCAACAUGAAGCAAUUCUAUUGUAUCGAUCAUUAAUUUUUCAUUAGCCAGAGAUAUCAAUUAUCAGGAAAUCGAGUUAACUGUGUCAAGUCUCCAACAAUUGUACACCCUUUCUGGGAACCAUUCUCACGACACGAUCACCCAGUGUCGAUGACGAUCACCUUCUCACCGAUCGGCAUCAGUCGAUCCCUUUUUUGGUUAUCACCAUGAUCGAUCGCGAUUUAGUGAAAUUCUGAAUUCAUUGUCGACAUAAAUAUUCGACCAUUGUUCUCCUACAACGAUGAUAAUAUUUAUACUCCCCGGAAAGUGUGAAAAUUUAUUCCUGGAAUCCAUAAAAAAAAUCCUUACGAUCUCAAAAUAUUGAUAAACGAAAUUUGCGAUAUAAUAAAAUGAAGUUACAGUUAACAUAUAUCAUGUGAAAAAAAAGUUAAAUUAUAUUUUGAAGAUUAAAUUAAAAAUUUUGAAAAUUAAAUAAGCAUAAAAAUUUAUUUAUUCUUUUAUCAUAAAAUAUAGAAUUCUAAAAUUCUAAAUAAAUAAAUGAAUAUUUAAUAUUCAAUAACUGUACAUCGUAUUUUAAAAUUCAUCAUCGGGCGUAAAAAAGAAAGCAGCCAAUUUGUUAUUAACAAUGACCGAUCGGAUAGAAGUAUUGAAAGAAGUCAAGUGUCGCGUUAACACCUUUUUAACGCGAAAAAUGUGAAAAAGAAAAGAAAAAAAGCGAAACGUUGGAUGAUGUAACGGAUCUACGCGCGACAGUGCCCAUUAUCGAUUAGCAUAUGUCGUCGAUUAAUCCAUCCGCAACAGUGGAUGCUGUGAAUAGGCCAGUAAACACGUGCACGUUGCUGGAGAAGGAUGAUUCUAAUUGUUCGAGGUACAGUUCGAGCCAGGCUGUCGUGACGCUUGCCUCUGGUCGUGAUUCAGAAUGCCCGAAACAGAAGAUAUCACCAGGCAGAGAGAUGGUUUGUUACACUUCCGUUUCCGAGGUGGAACAGUUAACGGAAGCUAUUUGCAGAUGCACCACUUUGGUGCAAAAAGGCCUCGACGUGCGAAAUCUCUCGGUUUCCGAAUUCGAAGACUUCCGGAAAUCAGUGAAGGAGAUUGUCCCGACUCUUCAGUUCGUGAUUUCCGUGGACGAUCCUGCACAAACGUUGAGAACUUCCGGCACAGUUCGCCAAGAGAUCACGGCUCGUUUGAUCGGAGUUUUGAAAGAGGUUGAUGGACUCGAGUUGAACAUGACUGCUGGAACAAAGGAACGUUUAGCCCAUUUUGUGAAAGGUUUGAAAGACGAGUUCUUGAGGAAAUCGUACGACAAGAGAAUCUUCUUGGUCCUACCCACGAAAUCAGAAGACCUGGCCAAACAAUACGACUUGAAAGAAUUAUCCAAGUACGUGGAUCUAUUCACGGUACCCACGCAUUACCUGGUCGAAGAUGACGAGUCUUAUCGUACGUUCCAUCCGUCGCGAUUGAUGGGCCUCUUCGACAUGUUCAACGCGGAUAGUUUGAUCGAUUUGAUUAGCGGAUUGGGCGCGCCCAAGAGGAAAAUCUUGGUGUCCGUGCCGUCAAGCGCUUUCAAGUUUACGCUCAAGGAUCGGGACGACAAUGCCCCGAGUGCGCCCACCGAGGAGAUGCAACCGAUUGUCAUUGAUCAGAAACAGUUAUGCGAUUUGAUGAAUACAGGAGAGUGGACGGUGGAAAGAGACGAAGAUCUUACUGCUCCUUACUCUUUCAAAGAUAAAAUGUGGAUUGCUUUUGAAGAUAGAAUAUCGGUUUCAAUUAAAGGUAAAUAUGUGCUGGUUCGAGAUCUUCCUGGAUUAGGUAUAUACGAUAUAGAGAAUGAUUUCAAAACGAAAUGUGGCGCGCCUAUCACGCAUGAGAUUCAUCAUUCGUUUAUGGAUUUCAAGAGGAAGUCUAGAGCUGCUGUGUUAAAUGCUUUGGAAGACGAUUUACACCAAACAGAACUUGAAUAUUCGACUAAAGUCAAAUCAUCCGAGUUUCGAGUUGUUCGCGUAGUAGAUACAGAAGGACAUAUCAGAGUGGUUCGAGAGAACACUCAAACCGAAUUCACUUGCUCCAGACAAGGCUAUUUCGUUCAUCCUAAAAGUUGCAACAGAUUUUAUCGAUGCGUGAAAUUCAAUCAAGAAGUGGAAGAUUACUCCGUGUUCGAGUUCGAUUGUCCAGCAGGUUUAUCUUUCGACGAGAGUACAGAAGUUUGUGUUUGGCCAGGUUCCAUGCCAGAAGGAUCUCCAUGUCCUGGAAGCAGCGAAAUUGCACCUGUGACAAGAGUGAGAUUCCAUUGUCCAUCCCAAACUGGUUAUUUCGCGGAUCCUCAAAAUCCUCGUUGGUUCUUUGCCUGCAUCGAUCUAGGAGGACCAGAAAUAAUGGCCUACGAGUUUCGUUGUCCCUACGGUUUGAUUUUCGACGAGCAAAAAUUAAUUUGCGAAUGGCCUUGGUUGGUAGUAAGCUAUUCUGGUAGUGGUUACACAGGAUCAGAAUAUGACAGCAGAGGAUAUGGUACAGAAUCCACUCCAGGUACUGGAGGAUAUUAUACUGGAGCAUUACCUCACGGAUACACGGGAACAUUAGGAGGAGGAGGAUAUACUGGUACAACGGUUAGUACUGGAUCAGGAUUUUCUGGAUCAGCUGGAGUUGGAUCCACUUUUGGUCAAGGAAUUGGAGGAUAUACUGGCACAACGGUAGCAAAAGGCUAUGGAACAUCAUAUGGUGAUCAAGGGCUUGGUGGAUUUUCUGGAUCAGCAGAAGUAGGAGGCCAUGGAACUUUAUUUAAUCAAGGAACUAAUGAUUACUCUGUAACAGCUGGAAUUGGAUACACUGGUUCGACAAGAGGUCAUGGAGUUACGUAUACCGGUCAGGAAACUGGUGGUUAUUCUGGAACUGGUAGAGGAUAUUCUGGAUCAGCAGGAGCAAGUCAUGGAACGACGUAUACUGGUCAAGAAACUGAUUACUCUGGAAUACCUGGUAAAGGAUACUCUGGAUCAGCAGGAAUAAGUCAUGGAACUACAUAUAUUGGUCAAAAAACUGAUAGUAAUUCUGGAACAACUGGUGCUGGAUAUUCUGGAUCAGCAGGAAAAGAUCAUGGUACUUCGUAUAUUGAUCAAGGAUCUAUUGGAUAUUCAGGAACGACUGGAAGUGGUUAUACUGGAACAAGUACGAGUCAAAUAAGAACUGAUCAUGGAUAUUCAGGAACUGGUACGAUAAACUAUGGUGAAAAAACUAGAAAAACAGGAUCAUCAAAUUACGAUAAUCCAACUGGUGUAGGACCAGAUCAUUAUGGAUCAACGAGUGGAAUAUACACAGAAUCUCAUACAGGAUAUUCAGGAACUGGAACAGGUCAAGUAUCAUCUACUGGAUAUAUUGGAACAGGACAAGUACCUACUAGGUAUCCUGGAUCAGGUCAAGUAUCUACUGGACAUGCUAUACCAAGUCAAGUAUCUACUGGAUAUACUGGAACAGGUCAAGUACCUACUGGAUAUACUGGAACAGGACAAGUACCUACUGGGUAUUCUGGAACAGGUCAAGUAUCUACUGGACAUACUAGACCAAGUCAAGUAUCUACUGGAUAUACUGGAACAGGUCAAAUAUCUACUGGAUAUACUGGAACAGGUCAAGUAUCUACUGGAUAUACUGGAACAGGUCAAGUAUCUACUGGAUAUACUGGAACAGGUCAAGUACCUACUGGAUAUAUUGGAACAGAUCAAGUAACUACUGGACAUGCUAGACCAGGUCAAGUAUCUACUGGAUAUACUGGAACAGGACAAAUACCUACUGGAUAUACUGGAACAGGUCAAGUAGGUCAAGUAUCUGCUGGACAUGCUAGACCAGGUCAAGUAUCUACUGGAUAUACUGGAACAGGACAAGUAUCUACUGGAUAUACUGGAACAGGACAAGUACCUACUGGAUAUACUGGAACAGGACAAGUACCUACUGGAUAUACUGGAUCAGGUCAAGUAUCUAUUGGACAUAGUAGACCAAAUCAAGUAUCUACUGGAUAUACUAGACCAGAUCAAGUAUCUGGAUAUACUGAAACAGGAAGCCUUGGACAUACAGAAACAAAUGGAAUAUAUAGUGGAGCAACUGGCACAAGUUAUACUGGACCUACAUAUUCAAGUAAAACUGGUACAAAUGUGGAAUAUUCAGGACAAGAUUUUAGUCAUGGUACUGGAUCACAACCAAUUGAUAAAGGAUAUCCAGGUCAUGGAGGAUAUACAAGUGAUACCAAUAUACGAUUUACUGAUGGAUAUUCUGGAGGAACUCCUAUUAUUGUAACAGAAGAUUACAGUGGAUCAGGAAUAAAAGAUAGUAUAAAAUCUCCAGGACCUACUUAUGAAUCUACGAUAUCAGGAUCUUCUGCAGGAACUGGAUAUAUUUAUGGGCAAACAGGAACGAAAUUCUCGGGAUCUAAAACAGGAAGCCAAAGUGGACAAUCAUCGCAGACUCCAAUUUAUACUUUCAGUGGUACAACUGGAACUGGACUAACCAAUAUAUACUCACAAACUCCCAUUUUCGUGGAUAAGCCCAAUGUACCAACUUGCAUUACCAUCCAAUGUUCUCCUCCACCACCAAAUAGCCAAACUUAUACAACAGAUGACUAUAUUUCAAGCCAUGGAAUUACUUCUGAAACAAAUGUUUAUCAAGUCACUGGUGAAUAUACUGGAGGUUUGAAUGCUACUUUAGGAAGUCAUGUGCCUUCUACGCCAUAUUAUGGAGAUGUAACGUCCAACGACAUUUAUAAAAUAAAAACAACUGUCGGUACUGGUGGUAUUGCAACAGGACAUGGUGUUCAGGGAUCGGUCAUCACUGGAGACUCCACUCCAGGAACACUUAUUACUUAUGGAGGCAGUUCUGGCACAGUUUUCACAGGUCCUUCUGACCAAGGUAGCAUAUUGACUGGAGUAAAUCAUCCAGGAUACACAAAAACUGGUCCAAGUACACCUGGUUACGUUGUCAGUGAUGGAAUCAAGACUGUUUAUGGUUCUGCUAGUCCUGGAACUGUAGUAUAUGGAACAUCUACACCUAGUGUCGUAAUAACCGGAGCACCAGAAACUGGAACUGUCGUAAAAGGUCAAACGAGUCCUGGACUAAUACUCACAGGACAAACGGCUCCUGGAGUCUCUAUUAGUAGUUCCAUCGAUCAAGGAACAAUUGGCUCUACAGGACAUCACGUGUUUACUGAUUCAGGUUAUACAACUCCAUCAGGAAUUGUCACACCAGUAUAUUCGUAUGGAACCAAAAUUGCAAGCGUGUCACCAGCACAUGGCACCAGUUAUAAGACUAACGAAUACUAUGAUAAUGGAGGACGCGGUACUAUUAGAUUUAACAAUGGUGAUGUGACAACCAAAUACACAGAAAAAGAUAUUACAGACUACAGGCCAUCUGGAGAAUCUAUUCCUCCAGACACUCUUAUUCCUGGAAGCAGAGAUCGAUCUUCAUAUCCUAGUGGAUUUACUAAAACAGGACCUACUAAGACUGGAUUUACUACUGCUACUUUAGGCGCUGGUGGUAGUUACGUAAUUAGUACUGGAAAAUCAGUUCCAACUCCUAAUCCUGAACAUAUUGGCGCGAAAGCUUUCGAAGGUAAUGUAGCAGGAUACACGAAAUCGUCCACUGAAAGCAGUGCAGCCUAUUCAGGAGCAACUUCGACAUACAAUCAAGAUAUCGAUCAGUCUAAACUUAAUCUAGGACUUUCGAAGGGUCCUGGCUAUUCCUAUCCUACACCUAGUGUAUCAUUUGAUAGUGGAGUAACGAAAAUUUUACCAAUCUCCUCGACAGAGGGCAAUUUUAUUACUGCAACUACUCCAACUCCUUUCUUGAAUGUUGAAUUAUAUAAUACGCCAAAAUUCAGUGAACCUGUCAGUCCAACUGUAGGCACUUAUCAGAAACCAAGUGGCUUCACACAUGCACCUACUUCGGUUGGCACAUCUGUUGGUUAUACUACUGGACCAUUUGACAAUUAUAAGACAACUGUCUUUGAAGCAGCUAAAAUUCCAGUUAGCAUAUCUACAGUUUAUCCACUAAUCGAUACUGGAUAUAAGACUGUCGUAUCUUCGACGCCUGUUCCUGUGACUAUAAGUCAGGACAAAUAUCGUGCUCAGACUCAAUCCAAAUUUGAUUUUGGAAUAAAAACUACUCAACAGGGCGAAUAUAUUACUAGCACACCACCAACAGUGUUCAAGAUAUCAGGUCCAGAGUUUGGAUCUACUACUCCGUCAUCCAAUUCUGGAUAUUUCACCACCCCCAAGAGCGUAUUUGAAACUGUGACACCUUCUGGCAUUUCAGAAUCACUGAAACCACAGUAUUUGCCUAGCGGCACAAUCUCACCAGCCAUUGAUACAACAUAUCAAUAUAGAAAACCAAUACCUAGUGUUACUUAUCAACAAUCAACACCACCAACUUCUAAAACAUACACUAUAGGAUCGGUUACUGGUAGUGAUGGUUCUCCUACAAACGUAGGAAUUUCUAAAGAAGAAGUUGGAAAAUUGAUUACUAAUUAUAGAGGCAAUACCAAAUAUGUGCCAAGCCAAUACGAUAUUUAUACAACAGGAUCCAUUUCUGGAGCAGAUUAUCCUAAGAUUCAUCAACAAUCAUCAACAUCCAAGCCGGGUUAUGUUGCAUCAACAUCCUCAGUCACUAAAACGACACAAUCGCCUUUCUCAGUGACUACUUAUUCUGGAGGUUAUUCAAAACCAUCCUCGAUCAUUACUUACCAAACUACUGCCAAAUCGACAGCUGUAGGUAAAGGCAAAGUGAUAGUGAAAUGGAGUGAUCUGCACCCUCUUCUGCUUGGAAAAUUAGGUGCAGAAUGCACCUGUAGAGGAGAUCCUUUCUCCAAUCUUAGAGGUCCAGGUUCCAAAUUGAUUGAUUCCUCUAAAGGCAAAGUGGAUCUAUCCAAUUAUGACGAAUCAGAGAUUUACGUAGAUCUUGAAAAGGAAAAUGGCUCAUACGAGGAUGGAGAUUACGUGACCAAUUACGAAUCCUCUAAAGGACCAAUUAAGAUCUGGAAUAAUCAAAUACAGAGUCAUUCCCAAAUCCAAGAGACGCCAUCAUCUGGUUAUUUGCCAAGUGUCACUCCUUCAAUAAGCCUCAGUGCAAGUCCUAGUACUUCAAGAUUCACUGCCAAUUACAGAUCUGGAAAGAGUUUGAACAGCGUUGGUUCCUCUACCAAUAUCAUUAGUGUCACCAGAGAUUUGGAUACACCUGUGAACCACUUUGAUGGAGAUGGUGAAUCGGAGGAGAUCAUAGAUGGAGCCACCAACUGCGCUAGACCAGGUUUGUUCCGACAUCCCAACUUCUGCAAUAAGUUUUACGCUUGUCAUUGGGACGAGUGGAAGAAGAAGUUCACGCUCCACAUGUUCAACUGCCCUGUGCAUUUAACCUUUGACAAUGGCGCUGGAGCAUGCAAUUGGCCGAGCAUGGGUCCGGCCUGUCAGGAUGAUAAUUUGUUAGUUUAGGUGGUUCACUGUUCAACACUCGAUCUUACGUAUCGCGAUAUUAUCUUCUUCUUUGAUAUAAUUGAGUACGAAAAUUUGAAUGUGGAAGAAAGUUAUUUUAUAAUUUUUAAAUUUUAUUUUACACUUUUUCUAGAUUUCAAUUUUGUAUAAAUAUUUAUUGUUUUUUUUUUAAUUUAAUUUUAAAUUUUUUGUAGUUUUUUUUAUUUAUUAUUUGUUGAUUUAAUUUUAAAUUUCUGAUCUACUUCUCUAUCGUUUUGAAAAGAUACAAUAUCUUUUUCUUCUUUCGAUCCUUCAAAGAAUAAAUUAAAAGUAUUAUUACUUUUAUUUGCAUCUGGAAAUUGUUUCCUUCGCAAGUGUAAAUAUCACAGUCAUUGAUUUUUUUCUAAUUUAUUAUUUUUAAUAUGAGUUUCUUUACAUUGCAAAUUUUCUUUACAUACACUGUAUCAUAUUUGAAUAUUUAUCGUCAUUCAAAGUUCUCUUUAUUAAAAAAUAUAUUUUUAAUGGAUAAAUAAUGUUUUAAAAAUUGUAUGACAAAUAUUAUAAACGCAGUAAUUUAUGUUCAGUCUUUUUAUCAUUGAAAAACAUAUAUCAUUGAAAAAUAUAUACAUGAUUGUGAAGGAAUAUUUUUCUGAGGUAAUAAGAAUAAAGACAAAGAAUAGAGAUCCAAGGAGAUCGAGGUAUCGCGAUGCGAAAGUACACUGUUCAGAGUGAAAGUCAAGCUGUGCUCACCGAUCCGAAUCGCGAGAGAGAAAAAGUUGAUGCUGUGUGCGAUUCGAUUGUAAAUAACGUCCCCUACUCUUCGAAAUUUGUAAAUAACGAGUUAGCAUUAAAAAAAAAAAAAAAAAAUUAAGCGAGGAAAACAAAAGCAAACGCAAAAAUUAACCCUUUCUGAUCUGAAUUUUUACUGCCAAGUGAAGGAAAUAUAUUAUUGUAUAUAAUCUUUAAGUCUGAAAAAAAUGAAGAAAACAAGUAAGAGAAUAAGAGAGAUUAAUAUUUUCUUUUUACAGAAGAAUUUAAUGAUAAAUCUUGAUCUUAAAAAUCUAUAAUUAUUUGUUGAUAUUAGAUACAAAAAAGAAUAUAUGUAUAUUAACCAUUAUCAAAUUUUUGAUAGAUUAUUUUCUUACAGAAAAAAUUAAGAAGAGUCGAAAUUGAAAUUUGUAUAAAAAAAUAAAAUAAAUGAGAAAGCGCGAAAAAAUAUAUUAAAUCUAAGAGAACGAGAAGCUGGGUCCAAAAAAAUAGUUAAAAUUCAAAUGAAUAUUAUUAAUAUUAUUAAUAUAUCGUUUAUUUUUAUUAAAUUUUUCUUAAAUAAUUAUUGGCGAUUUAUAUUUGUAUAUAUUUUAUAGGAUAAUAUCGUAUAACAGUAAUAUGUAUUCCUGAAUAUGUUUAUCUUUUUAAUUAGUUUUUUCGUACAUCCUAUCAAUGGCGGGAAAAUUUAAACCUUCUUUGUGCACUACUUACUUUUAAGCUUACCUUGACUCCGUGUUCAUUUCGUUCCUAUCUCUCUACUUACUAUUUCCCCGCUUCUUCUCAAUGCAAUUAUUAUUUAUUUGCCGCUUAUUGUACUAGUAGAAUUUAAGGGUUUAUUGCGACAAAUCCUUGCAAGAUCGUUUUUACAUCGACGAGAAUUUCCUUUUAUUGUCAAUUUUGCACUUUUUAGGUCGAAGCUUCGAUAAUCGUGCCAUUUCAUUGUGGUUGUCUAAUGUAAUGUAACGAACUUAGAAUAAAUAUAUGAUAAUUGUACAAAAAAAAAAGAAGAAAGCUAUUUCUACUUAUUUUGUACUUUUCUUUUUAUUUAGAUUGCAUGUAUAUUAUGUAAAAUGUAUUUUGCUUAUGUUAUUAAAUAAGAAAAAAAAUA